UACGGGGCCACUUUUGAAACGAUCUAGCAAUUUCCUUCUUGUUGAAUACUUGUUGUCUGUAUUUAAAAGCUUUUGAACACCAUGCAGGGAAAUAAAAAAUCUACAUAUUAAUAUAGACAUUUGCUUAGUGCUUUGCACAGUAAAAACAUACUCAUAUAUAUAUGCUGGAUUCAUGAUAGCAAAAAGCUCAUACAAGAAGGAUUACUGAGAGUUUUUGUCUAGAAGCAGCUUAAAGCUUAAAGAGGAGGAAGAGGAAAAGAAAAUAGGAUGAAGGUACAGUGUGAUGUAUGCGAGAAGGCUGAGGCAGAGGUGCUAUGUUGUGCAGAUGAAGCGGUGCUAUGUGUUGAAUGUGAUGAGAGGGUCCAUGGAGCUAAUAUGCUAUCCCAGAAACAUGAACGCCUUUGUCUCCUCAAAUGUCCAUUACCAUCUUCCUCCUCCUCUGCUGUUUCUUCCUCUUCUGCACUCCCUCUCUGUGAUAAAUGCCAGGAGAAAAACGGAUAUGUAUUUUGCUUGGAGGAAAGGGCAUUGCUCUGCAGGCACUGUGAUAUGUCAAAGCACAUGUCUGGAAGCCCAUAUACGUCGUCACACCAAAGAUUACUCAUUGCAGACAUAAAAGUUUCCCUUCAACCCUCAACUAAUAACAGUGAUAAUAUUGGCUACAACAGCACAAAUUACCCUGCAAGUUUGUCAAUGUCUUCUACCAUGAACAAGUUCCCAGCAGACAAUGAGAGCAGAACAAUGGAUGUUGAGGCUGCAUAUGCAGAGAAUACAGCCACCUUUCUUGGUGGAUCUGGCUUUCCAACAGAAUGUAAUUGGACAUUGGAUGAAAUCUUGGACACCAACAGCUUUAACUACUACGAGUUCUCAGAUGCUGGGUCAUCUAGGAUUGGCAGUCAAUGAAAGUUCCUAGUUCUCUUCUCAAAUUGCAGCACAGGAAACAAUUUGGAUUGUCCAUUAGGUUCGCUUCCCUGCUUCUGAUAAAUUGUAAUCCAAUGUGAUAUAAGCUGCCUUUCAUUAUCUUUUUCUGUUUAAUCAUUAUACAGGCUAAUACUAAUUUGUUGUUUCUAACUUAGUAUGAAUCCUUUUCCUUUGUGUUCUGUUUCGAUCGUUGAGUUCAUUUGACCAUUAACAUGUACGUACUUCUAAAUUUGAAUUGGAAAUAAUAAGAUAAAAGAGAAUCUAGCAUAUGAAAAGCCAAAAAGAAAACAGGUGACAGCUCUCUGUCAAAAGAAUAUAGAGUUCCCCCUUAUAUGGGGGCAAAAGAAGAAUAUGUUAAAUAAUAU